AUGCACCAUCCUGAGUUAGCUUAUCUUCGGCAGAUUGUUAAGCAAUCUGACCCCAAAGCAGAAUAUAGAAUUCUUGCUAACAUUGGCAGUGGCACCUAUGGGGAUGUAUACAAGGCCCAACGACGGGAUGAUCGUCGACUGGUCGCCAUCAAAAUCAUGAAAAUCGAUCCCAAAGAUGACAUUAGGGCAAUUUGUCAGGAAAUUCACACUCUGAUGGAAUGCUCCCACCCCAACAUCGUGCAAUACUAUGGCAGCUACCUUCGCCUCAAUAAGUUGUGGAUUUGCAUGGAGUUUUGUGGCGGACAAUCAAUGCAGGAUAUAUACCUAUAUACUCGCAUCCCCCUGGAGGAGGACUGCAUAGCUUUUGUCACACGGGAGACACUGAAAGGUCUUUGGCACAUGCAUGCCCGAAAUCGGAUACACCGAGACAUUAAGGGUGCAAAUAUCCUCUUGACAGAUAAUGGUGACGUUAAGAUAGCGGACUUCGGCGUGGCCGCGAAGCUUAGUACCUCGGCCAUCAAGCGUAGCACAGUCAUCGGCACACCUUACUGCCGUCUUCCUGAGCUACGGUUGACGCGACGCCAUUGGCCUAGAGCACCCUCAGCAUCCGGUCACCCCGCAUUACUAGCCUCUGGCUGGAUGGCUCCCGAAGUCGCGUCUGUCGAGCACCGAGGAACGGGCUACGAUGGAAAGUGCGACAUCUGGGCGGUGGGAAUCACGGCCAUCGAGUACGCCGAACUCCAGCCACCCCUAUUCGACUUAGACCCUCUGAUGGCUCUGCAAUGUCUUGGUGCUAGGAAUUACAAGCCGCCAAAUUUGAAGGACCGGUCCAAAUGGAGUCCUCGAUUCCGGACUUUCAUCAAACUUUGUCUGACGAAAAAUGAGCGCAAUCGACCCGAUGCCCCGACCCUUCUGACGCACGACUUCGUGGCGAACCCCAACCUCUCGAUCAACUCGACUCGUGACCUGCUCUACCUCAAGCGCACCAUGGAGGCCCGCGAGAAGGCCGCGCUUGCCGCCUCUCCCUCCAGCGCAGCCAACUUCCUCAAGGCCGCUGUGAAGCCGGAGCAGCCUCUGGCCGCUCCUCCCAUUCCCCAGAAGUCCUCCAACCUCGCCGCCGAACAGCCGAUUCGGCCGGUUUCGGUUAAUCGUGAGCGUCCGCGCUCCCUCCGCUUGGGUCAUGGCCACGACAAAAAUGGCGCGUCCGGUGGAACCCCUGACAUCGUCGAUCAGUUCAUGCGAGCUCCGGGCAUGGCAGGUAACAACCUCUACCAAGCGGACAGCUGUGAAACGCCCCCGCCUCAACCUCCAAAGCCCACCAAGUCACACGCUCCUCCCCCUCAAACGGGUAACGGUGAGGGCGAAGUCGAGUCAGGACCGCGUCUCCGCAUCUCCUCUCUGCGUCGGCCUAUCGAGGCCACCGGUGCUGCCUCCUCCUCCUCCGCCUCCCAGAACCAACCAAUCACCGCUGCCGGCUGGCCUCCCGGUGACCAUCGACCCCUCCCGGAGCACUGCCUCGACGAGAGCAACGAGGAUCUCGUCGCCGAAGUCCUCGACGAAUACGAAAAACGACAGAGCAAAUUAUUCUCGCCGUACGACGGAUUGGUGUUCAAGAGCUCCAUUAGUGGGUGCUCUGAACAAGAUCACCUGGGUUCCGCAGUCGUGUCGAUGAAUUCACCUAUCUUAACGGCCUGUUUAAGUGACACUGAGAAGAAGGCGGUUUCCCUUGGCAACGCACGACGCCCCCACUCGUUUCACCAGUUCCACGGGUGUUUUGGUGCUCUGAGAGAGAGAGUCACUGACGAAGUUCUUCUCGGUGUUACGUGGUGGUGGGCUCGUGUUGCCAUCGAUGCCUUACUCCCAGCUGUUCUGUACGACGUUUCAUACACAGUAAUCGAUCCCGACGUCGAAACCGUGGAAAUUCCUGGCAGACUGAGCUUCUACGAGUCCGAGGCAUUUGACGACAGCGACGAUUUUGGUGGACCAAAAGGUCUACUGGGGUCUCCUCGAGGCGGCGAUGCACUGCGGAUGCGAUCGAAGCGUCAGGCCCCAGCCCCUCCGCCUCCACUUCCUCCCAAGGGCGAGGGACUCAAGUCGGCGACCCGUCAGUCGUCUGCCACGGCGCCUGGACCCAUCUCAGCGCUGGACCCGCAGUCGCUGCAGCCGGACGUUGUGGCGGCGGCGGCGGCUGGCAACGACAGACACUCGAGUGACUCGGAGUACCGCAAGACCACAGCAGUCCCGCCACCCCGACCUCCGCCGCCUCGACUUGACUCAGAGGGUGUCCUGCGACACGCUGAGCUCCAACACCAGAUGGAACGGGGUCUGGGUCUACCCCCAACCCCUAAGGUUCUCAUGGGCGCCUGCUUUACGCUCAUCUUUGAGGGGUGUCCACUGAAGGUCAACGCCACCGCCACCUGGGUCAAUCCGAUCACCAAAGCUCAAAUGAUCAUUUUCGGCACCAAUGAUGGCAUUUAUUACCUCAAUUUGCAAGAACUCGCUGAUGCAACACUCGAGCUUAUGAUUCCUCGACGGUGCAUUUGGCUGACGGUGUUUCGCGACACGAUGAUGUCGCUCUCGGGCAACACGCCGCACCUCUACGGCCACAACCUCGUCAACAUCAUGAAGGCCAAGACGAGCCAGGACCCGGCCACGGGCAAUCUAACCGGUCGACUCUCAACUCGCCUCUUGCCCAAACGUUUCCAGCCCACCGUCAAGAUUCCCAACACGCGUGGCUGCUACAUGGCCAGUGUGGUGCGCAAUCCCAGCAACGGCAACAAGUACCUCUGCGCUGUCAUCGACAAGUCCAUCCUCGUCAUGGAGUGGUUCAAUCCGCGUAGCACCUUCGUCGAGGUUAAACGCGUCGAGGUGCCGUCGAUGCCGUCGCCGGUCUACAACUUCGACUUGGUCUGCAGUCGGGACCAGAGCCUCCCCACGGUGUGCCUCGGCGUCUACAAGACCUCCGACCCCAACCGAUUUCGCCUCCACAUGGUCGACUUGAACAACGACGAUUUCACCAUACCACCCUUUCCGCUCCACCCCGAAGACUACCUCCCCAUUGUCAAGGUUGCACACGUUGACUACAGCGUCCUGAUGAUCUGUUUCCAAGAUCACGCCAAGUUUGUCGAUUUCCGUGGACACGUCUGCAACAAUCGGCAACGCGUGUCACAGAUCUCAUUCGACACGAACGUGGCCUCCGUAGUUUGCCUUCGCGACGGAAUCCUCGCCUUCCACCCGUUCGGUCUGCGCGGUUUCGGGUUCGACGGACAGCUCACGCAGGAUAUCAACGAUCCGCAGCACAUCUACCAGCUCCUGGGAAGUGACAGAAACAUCGUGGUGGAGAGUCGGCCCAUUGACGAUCCGAUGUCCAAGUCGAACCUGUACCUCCUAUUCGGCCACGAGAACUCCUACUGA